GAGGAGAGCUGGUGCGCACACAGGUUCCGCUUUUACGCAUCAGUGGUUCGCGUAGGUGUCAAUGCCGAAGUUACCUCGGAUGUGGAUUUUAUGCAGAAAAUACCACCAGCGUCUGUACAAAACAAUUCAAUUUUAAGCACCAUCCAAAGUGAAGCAUACACCAGCAGGAGUGUGCGGACCCAGGAAAGUUUCCGUCAUGGGAGCGCAUGGAUGGAGCUCAGCGCGUCUUGGGUUUGUCGUUUGCGGAUAUUUGGCGUUUUUUUGCGGGGAGAUUGUUCCCCGUGCUGAGGCGGGCUGCAGGGAGAGAGAGAGCCCAAACUGCUGCACCGGCCGGAACAACGAAUGUUUCGAGUACACCAGGAGAAAAACGGUGUGCUACUGCGACACAUACUGUCAGAAAACCGGAGACUGCUGCGAGGACUAUCAGCGUGUGUGCCAAGUAUCUGCAGCCAUUGACUGUGUGGUGGGAUCAUGGGGUCCCUGGUCAUCAUGCACAUCUCCAUGUGGUGUUGGCAGCACAGAAAGGAGUCGCCAAGUAUCUGUGCCCCCUAGAAAUGGCGGCAUGCCCUGUCCUGACCUCAAACAGCGUCGAGGAUGCUUUGGAAACAACGCCAUAUGCAGCACCGCGAAAGAGGUGGCAAAGAUCCUGCCUGAUUCUUUCAAGAGGAACUUCAAGGACCCUUGGAGGCGACCACACAUGCUGAUGAAGGAGGAGAAGGCCAGUUACUGUGUGUACCUGCGUGUGAAACAGGCCAGUGCAGCAUGCAAACUCAAACUGUGGAGUGCUCAUCUGGUGAGGGAGAGACUGGUGUGUGCAGAGUGUCAGAGUGAUGCCAUGUCAAAGUCAGACCGCUGUGGAGGCGACGGCCUAGAGAGCACCAGGACGUUCUGGGCCGCAGCCUCAGUCCCGGGCUGUCACGGUUCCUGGGUGCGGGAGUCGUCUUCAGAGGGUUGCCGGUGUCCUCCCUACUCUGUGCUCUUUGUGUGAGCCGACGCGCAAAUGGCAGACAUCCGUAUGCAGGGACGAGACUUCCCUCAACGCCUCCUGCUAACUGUGGAGCUAGAGCCCCGCCAGCCAAGCCAGACCCCUCCGAUCCAGGUUACUGGAUGGGUAACUCAAGGAGAUCAGCAGCAUCCUGCCACUUUUUCCUUUCACCUCAUACUCUGUACUGUAUACACUAUUGCCAAGCACUCAGAAAUUCUUGCAUUUUAAUUUCAGAUUUUAUAGCCACGUUAUGUACUUAUAUUACUCCAAAGCACAGCAACAUCUAUGCCUUUUUACCUCUCAAUCUUUGCUAUCUACCUCCAUCAAUGCAAGUGCAUUUGUUAAUGCAUAAUGUAUAAAUAUAUAAAUAUAUUAUUUUGCUUUAUACAUUUUCUACUUUUGAUUGUUUAUGUGUUAUGUGUAUGUGUCUAUAUAGCUACACUUAUUUGUAUCCCACAGUUUAAACACCAAACAGCAAGUGCUGCACCCAGUUCAGGCCCCAGUCCAAAGGGUCCUAAAUCAUCUGCAGGUUGGAGAUCCAAAUUGUACCCAAUGCUAGAAUACUCGAGUCUAUAUAUCUGUGUGUCGCAGUUUUGUCCCUGUCAUAGUUUCUUUUCAACAAAAACAUUUAUACCAGCAAGUCACGUUAAAUAUCAGGUAUUGAUUCUCAGGUGCUGAGAUUUGUGUCUUUGUCUCCCAUCAAGCUUCCUCUUUCAUGUCCGCCUCGUCUGAUGGUCACUGACGUUUUUAGUCGUUUAAAGUGACUCACAGCUGAAAUCAGUCCCAUCUGUUCAGGCCUAAUAUUGUUGGAGAGGAAAAAGAGCCAUUUUAGAGAAUUUCACUGUGGUUCUCUCUGUCCUCUGUGUCCAAGACUGAAAAGAAUUGCAGAUUAACCGCAGCUUUACCCUCUUGAAUGAAAAACAGGAGUCAGUCGACUGACUCGCUACGCCUUCCCGCACCUCCUGUCCUGCUGGUUUAAGAGGAGGACAAGUGCAGUCCCAGCGAAGGGCUUUUCUCUCUGGAAAGCUGUGACCUUCUCGUUCUCUCCCCGGUCUGUGUCUGUGUUUGUGUGUUUAUUUAUUAUAAAACAAGUGACGAUUUUAUUAGUGCAGCACAGCAUACUCUGUACACUGUCCAUUAGUGAAAAUAAACAACUAUACUGUCA